AAAUGGAACAGAACCAACUUAUAAUGAUGAAAUGAUUCGUAUUCCUAUCAUAUGGUCAUAUCUUGGAAAAAUGAAAACCAAGAAUGAAUAUAUUGAUCAUAUUAAUGAUAUGAUCUUAGACCAAACAUAUGGUGAUAUUAUAACAUACAAAAGUUAUGAUUCUGUUCCUGACGAUACACGUGGACUUUACCAACAAGAAUUUCUUAAUUCAAUAAUGCCAAAUGGUCUUCCCCCUUAUGAACUGUGCCUAAAAGUAGGUACACCAAUUUUAUGUCUCCGUAACUUGGACCCAGCAAAUGGUUUAUGCAAUGGUACCAGGUUAAUCUGUCAAGCUUUUUACCCAAAUAUAAUAAAAGCCAUAAUAGCUACGG